GUUAGUGAACGUGCUAGUAUCGCAUAUCUGCGGCAGCUCUUUCAAAAGUUUUGCUUGUGUUGUAGUAGUUGGUAAAUGUUAUAAGCAGUAGCUUUUUUUUUCCCCAUUUUUGUGUUGCUGUUAAUUGCGCAUACCAAAAGUCGAUUGUGCUCAUUCACUACAUACAAAAUUCAAUUGAUCUGACAAAGCUUCAGGAGGCAAACGAUAAUGAAGAUGCAAUUUACUAAAUCUUACAUAAGGAUGAUGCUGUUGGUAUUGGCCACAACACAGCUGACGCUAUCGGCACCAGCAGAGCCCACAAACACGUUGCAGGAAAGCAACGAAUCCGCCGAGCUGAACCCCAUUAAUGCAGAGGCGGUGCUUGACGCCGAUCUGGAACGCAACAAAAGAAAACUGCCCGAUGCAACAUUUGAAACAAAAAAUGCCGUUCUGGGUUUUGUGUUUGGUAAGAUCGACAACUUUUUGGAUACAAAGACACGCGUAAUUGAACAGCUGGAUCGAUCCAAUAUCGAGAAAAAUAAGCAAUGGGAUAUUAAGGCGCCAGUGCCAAUUAAGGACUUCCAGACUCUGAUCACUGCAGUCGUUUCUCCAAAGAUACGUUCGAUUGGCAAUAUUGCCAAUGAUCUGACCACUGGUGUUUUGACCACCAUAACAGCUUUCAGUGGAUCCUCGUCGGGCAAUGGAAAUGCCAAUGCCGGUCUGGGCAAUGUGGUGUCCAAGUUCUUGAGCUUCUCGGGACCGAUACUGCAGGGUUCUUCGGGUGGCGUGAAUGGCAUCACAGGUGUCACAACGCCUGCGCCGGACUCUGAUGAAGCGGGCUAUUAAGCUGACUGGGUUAUCAGGCUGAGAGGCUCAAUCGUUUCGCUUAGACUGGAUCGUUCGUUUUGUAAUUUGGUUGCAUAGUUUUAAUCACACUCUCUUGAAGAACAAAUGGAAAUUUCCCCCUGAUGCUCGCACGAUUCAUUGAAAUAUUAACUGUGUAUGACUUUGUUAUUAAUGUUGUAGUAGUCGGGGUAGUAGUUAAGUAUAAUAUUAUGUUCCGCAUUGUAUUCAUGUUUGUAAAUAUUGGCACAUAUAUGUAUAAAGCUUACGGAUAUAAAUCGAUUGUUUCAUCAAAAUACAUUUUUUUUUAUAUACGUAUCAAUUAUUCCUUACAAAAUAAAAUAAAUCGAAAUUGACACAAA